AUGCUGCUUUUCACGGUUCUAGCCGCGGCCAGAUGCGCUCUCGCAAUCUACGGUGCCCCAUUCGACGAGCCGGGUCACUCGGAGCUGCUUACGAAUUCGUUCCUCAAGGACAUGGCAAUGAACCGAGAAGUGGUCCGGAUGGCCAAACUCGAAAAACGCAAGAUGUGCAUCAUCCGGGCCAACAAGAAGGAACUCAAGGACGACGCCCCCCGGAUCAUGAAGGCCCUCAACGGCAAAUGCCGCACCAAAAGCAUCGUCUAUCUGCCUGACUGCGUGUACAACAUCAUGUCCAACAUGACCACGAUGUACCUGAACGAUGUCAAGAUCAUCCAGAUGGGCCGCCUGCUCUGGAGCCCCGACAUCGACUACUGGCGCUCCGUGGCCAUGCCCAUCGGCUUCCAGAACCAGACGACCGUGUGGUACUUUGGCGGCGACCGCGUCAUCUGGGACGGCUACGGCCACGGCACGCUCGACGGCAACGGCCAGGUUUGGUACGACUGGGCCAGGUCCGAGGGAAACCUGCCCGGGCGGCCCUGCAACAUCAACCUGCGACGGCUGAGCAACUCGGUCAUCCGCAACAUGCGCUUCGUCCAGAGCCAGAUGUGGACCAUGGCCAUCACCAACUCACGCGGCAUCGAGCUCACCGACAUCUACGUCAACAGCACCUCCAACAGCCAGUGGAGCACGCUCAACACGGACGGCUGCGACACCAUCAACUCGGACCACAUCAUUUUCCGGCGGUGGUUCGUCCAGAACGGCGACGACGCCAUUGCCCUCAAGCGCAACUCGAGCCACAUCUACGUCCAUGACAGCGUCUUCAAGGGCGGCCAGGGACUGGCCAUGGGCUCCGUGGGCCAGUACGACGGCAAGUACGACUACAUCUCCGACUUUUACGCCCGCAACCUCACCUUCAUCGACACGGCCCACGUGUCGUACCUCAAGACGUGGGCUGGCGUGUCCCGCGGAUACCCGCCCAACGGCGGCGGCGGCGGCCUCGGCCGCGCCGACAACAUCAACAUCACGGACGUCAAGGUCGAGAAGUUGCGCCAGCAGCCCUUCUUUGCCUGGCAGUGCGAGAACUACUCUGGCUGGGCCGGCAAGGACUGCAACUCGUCCAAGUUCAAGAUGAGCAACGUCAGGUGGAGGAACGUCACGGGCACCGUCAAGAAGGGCGUCAAGGACAUUGGAUGGUUCCAGUGCAGCGCAGCCGCCGGUGGCUGUGACAACUUUGAGGUUGCCGACAUCCGCAUCACCGUCGACGGCGAAAGCAAGCGGGACAAGCUGGACAAGUGGCACUGUGAGAACAUGAACAAACACAAGGGCUUUACUUGCAACGAUCCUCGCAGGCCCAAGGAGUCCAAAUGA